GUGCCCCCUCAGUGUUCAUCACUGCUUGGACUAUUGUCAGGAUUUACCUUUUCGAUGUUGGGUGCUGGGAGGAAAUAGUGGAAUCCCCAUUCUGGUGGAUCAUUAAAACUCCUAUUUUGGUGUCAAUUUUGGUGAACUUCAUUCUCUUCAUUUGCAUCAUCCGUAUCUUAGUCCAGAAGUUGCAUUCCCCAGAUGUUGGACACAAUGAACCCAGCCAAUAUUCGAGGCUGGCCAAGUCCACCUUGCUGCUGAUCCCUCUCUUUGGCAUUCACUACAUCAUGUUUGCUUUCUUCCCUGACAAUUUCAAAGCAGAAGUGAAGAUGGUCUUUGAGCUCGUCGUUGGGUCGUUCCAGGGAUUUGUGGUGGCUGUUCUCUACUGUUUUCUCAAUGGGGAGGUCCAAGCUGAACUCAAGCGAAAGUGGCGGAGGUGGCAUUUGGAGCGGUUCCUGGGCUCGGACAUGAAGUAUCACCACCCUUCCUUAGGCAGCAAUGGCACCAACUUUAGCACCCAGAUCUCCAUGCUGACCAAGUGCUCACCAAAGACACGCCGGUGCUCUGGCUUCCAGGCUGAAUUCUCUCUGGUGUGAUGGGGAGAGGCUCU